AUGGGCAAUCAAUCACCGAACCCAAAUCAACAACUACAAUUUAAUAAUCAACAACAACCUACAAAUCGUAUGGGCAAUUUACCCAUGUUAACUCCUCAAUUAUUUGCUUCAUUAUCACCACAACAAUUACAAGCUAUGAAGAAUCAUCCACAAUUUCCUGAUAUGAUGCGAGCUUAUAUGCAAAGACAACAAUUAUUACAACAGCAUCAACAGCAACAACAACAACAACAACAACAACAACAACAACAACAACAACAACAACAACAACAACAACAACAACAACAACAACAACAACAACAACAACAACAAAAGUCAAAUUUUUCAAACAGUAUUCCACAACAAGGUGCCCCCCCUCCUCAAAUGACCAGAGAACAAUUAAUGAAACAACAAAUGUUAUUAAAUCAACAAAGAAUUUCUCAAGGUUUGCCUAAUCAACAAAUCCCAGACCUUCAACAACUACCAAAUCAAAUGCCGUCCCAAGGUAUUAAUUCUGCAAUACAAUCUAUUCCACUACAAUUACAACAACAAGUUUCAAAUUUUAAAGGUCCGGGUAGUAGAGUAUCUUCACUAGGUGAUGUUUUAUCUGGUAUUAAUGCAAGUCCUCAAAUUAUUCCACCCACUUCAUCAUCAGCAUCAGCAUCAGCAUCAGGAGCAACAUCAGUUGGAGUUUUACCAAAUGGAGCUCCUAUAAAUAAUAUACCUGGAGUUUCACCAUUAGUUCCUGGUCAAUCACCAAGUCAAAAUCCUCCAGUUAAUUCAAAUCCAAUAUCACAAGAACUAUUGAGUAAAGUCCCAAUGAAACAAUUAACAAGCUAUCAUGAAUGGUCGGAUGAAUUGAGAAAAGGAGGUAAAGAAGUGCCGUUAGAUACAAAAAUUUAUGAAAACAUAAUUAAGAAAGAUGGUAAAUUUCAUGAAAAGUUAGCAAAACAAGCGAUAGAGAACAAGUCGACUUUGGAGCUAAUGAAUAAAGAUUUGGCUGCAUACAAUCAAAUUAAACAGCUAAGAAUGAAUUCAAUUGCAAUGUCUCAAAAGAAUCAAUUAAGUAAUAGUAUUUGGGGAGAAGGGUAUCAAGGUUAUGGAAAUGGAAUCACGAAUUCUUCGACUAAAUUAUUAUUACCAGAAAGGGGUCAUACUGAUAGAAUGAUCAAUGAAGCUGUUAAAAGAAAUGAUUCAAAACCAAAGAAUUUAAUUCCAAUAAGACUUGAAUUUGAUCAAGAGAGAGAUCAAUUUAAAUUAAGAGAUACUUUUUUAUGGGAUUUGAAUGAAGAAAUUAUAAAUGUUGAAGAGUUCACCAAACAAUUAAUGGAUGAUUAUAAAUUUAUACCUAGAAUGCAUUACGAAACUAUAUUACAGACUAUAAAAGAACAAAUAUCCGAUUAUCAACAAAAACCGACUAAAACGCUUGGUGAAUUACGUAUACCUAUCAAGAUUGAUAUAACUAUAAAUAAUAGUCAAUUGACUGAUCAGUUUGAAUGGGAUAUUCUAAAUAGUCAAGAAAAUGAUCCUGAAGAAUUUGCAAGAUCAAUGUGUGAUGAAUUAUAUUUACCAGGUGAAUUUUCAACAGCAAUUGCACAUAGUAUUAGAGAACAAUCACAAAUGUAUUAUAAAGCUUUGAAUAUAGUCGGAUAUAAUUUUGACGGAUCACCAAUACAAGAAGAUGAAAUUAGGAAUAGAAUUCUACCUUCAUUGAGAUUAGCAUCAAAAGAUUAUCAAGUUGUUGAUGAUUUUUUUUCAAUUUUACGCAAUCCUUCAAGCGUACCGGAGUAUUCACCACAAUUGAUUAAAUUGACUCAGUUGGAAGUUGAAAGAUUAGAUAAAGAAAUGGAAAGGGAAAGUAGAAGAAAAAGAAGACAUAAUUAUAAUGAAGAUCAACUUCUGGCAGGAAAUAGUGGUUCUAUAAAUUCAUCAAGUGGAGGAGGUACUGGUAGAUCUUUUACUUCGAGAAGGAUUGCAGCUCAUGUUGGCCGUGGUAAUACAAUUCCUGAUUUAUCAGAUAUACCGAAAACUUUUAGGACUCCAGCACCAUCAUCGAUAUUACCAGGUGGUGUUGAUUUGGGUGUGCCUGAAAUUUAUGAAUAUAAUGAAGUGUUUAUAAAUAGAACACAAAUUAAAAAUCCCGAUUAUAAACCACCGACACCAGAACCGAUUAAUAAUAAUAGAGUAUUUUAUGAUCAUGAUCCAUUGGAAGGUACAUUCAGUGUAUCGAUAAAAUUACCUGUAUAA